UAACUUAGAAGUUAUUUAUUCAUGACACAAGGCUGAUUUAAGAACAGUUAUGGCUAUAUUGUGUGGAAAAUACUGUGACAUAGAUGACAUUGUGUAGAAUAUUAUCAUGCAUACUUACAAUAGCAUGCCUAUAGGGUGCUAAGCCAGGGCAUUACUGCUCUGCAUCUAGCCUUCUUGAUUGGGUCGAGGUGGAGGUUGUGCUACUGAAGUCCACAGUACUGCACUUCUCCUUAGUGCUUAAUUGUGGUAAUAUGAUAUUUCCAGUAUGUUAUUUUGUGUCUAAAUUGUGUAUAGUGAAAUACAGUAUGCAAAAGUGUUUUACAUUGCAUCUGAACAUAAGGAAAAACAAAUUCAUAUAUUGUAGUGAAACUGUACACCUUUUCUCCUAUUACUGUGAGUGAAUGUUUUUAUUAGCAACAUUGUCAAUGCACCCCUUUACCUCUGAUGAAGAUCCAUUGGUUCUUUUUGAGUAAACAGCAACUAAGUGAUGAGACACCAUAGGGUCUAUUCAUAAAAUGAUUUGAUGACUGUCCUAGGUAAUCGAAUUUCGUUUAAAACUAAUGGAAGUCGUCCAUAUUGAUAUUCAUAAAAUGAUCUGUGCAGACCGGCGACUGUCGCUAAGCAGUUUAUGAAUAGGUAUAUAUUCGUUCACGACUGAAAUCCGUCUCCUUUUGAUGACAUCAUCAGCUCUAUAAACAUUCGCUCAGUUCUGUCAUUAGCUGUUUGGAACACAAAUGGAAUCUACUGACAACGGCAACAAAAGAACUCCAACCAUGCUGAAGAAGCGUAGGAAAGGGCGUUUUCGGGCACAUGAAAAUUCCUUAUUGAUGGCAUAACUUUUAAAAAAUGAUCAUAAAUGAUAUGGUCCAAAACCCGUGUCUGCAGCUGCCAGGCGAGCCAUAUGGCAAGAAAUAAGUUAAAAUGAAUGCUUUAGGUGUUUGUCCACGGGAUGUUAACGAGAUCAUGAAAAGAUGGCAUGACAUAUGGGGGUCAGUAAAGAAAAAAAUUGCUGCUCUACAUAAAGCAUCCAGAGUCACUGGCUUAGGACUACCACCUCGUUCUCCACUCACCCCCACUGAGGAGAAGAUAAUACAAACUUUCGACCACCUGACCCUGGAUGGCAUGGGAGGCAUGGACACCAGUGCAUUGGACCUUGGCUUUGAGCAAUACACUGGUUUCCGAAUGGAGCAAGAGAAGCAGGGAGGAGUCCAACCCACAAAUGAUGGCAGGGAAUACUCUGAAGAAGACCAGGACAAUGAGUCAGAGGCAAAUAUCCCCCAGACUCUGCAGUCGGCAGCAGGGUGCAUCCCUGGACCUUCAGUGACCACAGUCAUACCACCUAGGCCACCAGUGCAAGUGGCCUGCUGGCUGCACAACUACAGACGAACACCAUCCUGAAGAGGAUUUCAGAAACGUUUAUCGAGUUUAUAUCACUGUUUCGGCAAUACAUGUCAGAGAGCCCACCACCUAUAAUGGAUAAUGCCACCGCGACAGAGAGCCCACCUAUGAUGAAUAAAGCCACUAUUGCAUGUGAGCAUGUCGGGCCAGGACCACCAGCCCUACGCUGCAGUUGGAGGUGUACAAGAGGAUCUAGGUCUAGGAGAUAGACCGUAUAUUAUUAUACAGUCCAUAUAGUGAUUUUAAGGAUUUCUUUUUUCUUCCCACAACUUUAAACUGCUCCUGAUUGAAAACCGUUUAGCCAAUUAACUCCAAACUUGGUAGGCAUCAUUCUGGGGACAAUAGCACUGGCUUGGAAGCCUUUAAAACUGCGUUGCAGUUCUAGUUGUUAUUAUGAUUAUUAUUAUUUUUGUUAUUUUAGGGGUGGACAUGUGUACGAGUGUAAGGAUGUUUAUGAUUACACAUUCUAUGAGUUUAAUGAAGGAUAAACAAAAAGUCUAGCCUAAAUUAUUAAGCCCCCCUCCACAAAAAAUGAAAAGAAAACCAAAAAAGAAACGCUGUGACGUUCUCCACAAUAUUUCAAUAAACGAACAGAUACUUA